AUGAAUGGGAUGGCCAACGUGAACUCUGCCAGCCGCCCCCACUAUGCCUCCUCUAUCCCUGUGCCUCGAGCUGCUUCCCAGACCAGGACUCAUACACCGGGCGCCUCUCCCCAGCCGCGGCCACGCCAGGCCGGCCUGGCCCUGAGCCCCCAGCGUGCAGCCUCCCCAAGACUGGGCAAGGCAGGAGGUCCUUCCAGAAACUCCUCUCCUAAGGCCUCCCGGGGGAGAGGCUCCCCCAAGGCUUCUGGGGUGGUGAGAGAGUCAGCUGAGGGUGGUGAAGGCCUUUCCAGCUCCCCAUGGAGCAGUCCCAGGGCAACCCCAAAAGCAGCCCUCUCCAGCUGGGCUGGUGCCAGAAGAGUUGGGGAGACACAAGGCACCCAGGGAAAGAAGAAGGUGGCUCAAGAAGGGAUUCCAGUCCGCCAGAGCCGGGGCAGGAGCCCGUCCCGAACAAGCUCUCGUGGAGAAACUCAAAUACCAGGGGCUCCUGAAGGUCGAAAACUUCCUAACUACCCAGGAAAGGAUCAAAGAGAUGCAAACUACAGAAGUUCAGGGGUCCCCAGGUCUUUGGAGCCUGAUGCCGGGGCAGUAUCAGGGGCUUCCUCCCCAGGGUGCAGCCCCGUGCCAAGCAAACGCCCCUCCCCCACUCCUGGGGCCAUCAGCUUCGCCUCGGGCCAUCAGCAGAGUCAGCCAGUCACCGCCACAGUGGCCCCCUUCCAGUACAGGCUUCAGACGGACCAGGAACCUGGCCCCCUCCCUCAGGCUAGCUGGGUCCUUGAUGGCUACUCCAGCUGCCCUGUUGGGACUGAGGAGAGCUUCUCCUGUGCAGACGCGCGGAUCGUCCAUGCGCUCCUCGCGGGCAGAAUGCUGGGCAGCAGCGUCAAGAGCGUGCAGCCCGAGGUGGAGCUGAGUGGCGGCGGCGGCGGGGACGAGGGCGCGGACGAGCCUCGGGGCACCGGUAGGAAGGCGGCAGCGGCGGACGGCAGAGGCAUGCUGCCCAAGCGCGCCAAGGCGCCCGGCGGCGGUGGCGGCAUGGCCAAGGCCAGCGCGGCCGAGCUGAAGGUCUUCAAGUCUGGCAGCGUGGACGGCCGAGUCCCCGGAGGGCCUCCCGCCUCCAACCUGCGCAAGCAGAAGUCGCUCACCAACCUCUCGUUCCUCACCGACUCGGAGAAAAAGCUGCAGCUCUAUGAGCCCGAGUGGAGCGACGAUAUGGCCAAGGCGCCCAAGGGCUUGGGCAAGGCGGGGUCCAAAGGCCGCGAGGCUCCGCUUAUGUCCAAGACGCUGUCCAAGUCGGAGCACUCGCUCUUCCAGGCAAAAGGCAGCCCGGCGGGCGGCGCCAAGACCCCCCUGGCUCCCCUCGCGCCCAGCCUGGGAAAGCCGAGCCGGAUCCCGCGCGGCCCCUACGCCGAGGUCAAGCCGCUCAGCAAGGCUCCUGAGGCAGCCGUGAGCGACGAUGGCAAGUCGGACGACGAGCUGCUCUCUAGCAAGGCCAAGGCGCAAAAGGGCUCCGGGCCCGUGCCCUCCGCCAAGGGCCAGGAGGAGCGCGCCUUCCUCAAGGUGGACCCCGAGCUCGUGGUGACCGUUCUGGGAGACCUGGAGCAGCUGCUCUUCAGCCAGAUGCUGGACCCAGAGUCCCAGAGGAAGAGGACAGUGCAGAAUGUCCUGGAUCUUCGACAGAACCUGGAAGAGACCAUGUCCAGUCUGCGAGGGUCCCAGGUGACUCACAGCUCCCUGGAGAUGACGUGCUACGACAGUGAUGACGCCAACCCUCGCAGUGUGUCCAGCCUCUCCAGCCGCUCGUCCCCCCUCUCCUGGCGCUAUGGCCAGUCCAGCCCGCGGCUGCAGGCCGGGGACGCGCCCUCGGUGGGCGGGGGCUGCCGCUCGGAGGGGCCGCCCGCCUGGUACAUGCACGGGGAACGGGCCCACUACUCGCACACCAUGCCCAUGCGCAGCCCCAGCAAGCUCAGCCACAUCUCCCGCCUGGAGCUGGUCGAGUCCCUGGACUCGGACGAGGUGGACCUCAAGUCCGGCUACAUGAGCGACAGCGACCUCAUGGGCAAGACCAUGACGGAGGACGACGACAUCACUACCGGCUGGGAUGAGAGCAGCUCCAUCAGCAGUGGGCUCAGUGAUGCCUCGGACAACCUCAGCUCAGAAGAGUUCAAUGCCAGUUCCUCCCUCAACUCCCUCCCAACGACUCCCACUGCUUCUCGCAGGAACUCCACAGUAGCGCUCCGCACAGACUCAGAGAAGCGCUCACUGGCCGAAAGUGGGCUGAGCUGGUUUAGUGAGUCAGAGGAGAAGGCCCCCAAAAAACUGGAGUACGACAGCGGUAGCCUGAAGAUGGAACCCGGGACUUCGAAGUGGCGGAGAGAGCGGCCCGAGAGCUGUGAUGAUUCAUCCAAGGCUGGAGAACUGAAAAAGCCUGUGAGCCUGGGACACCCCGGUUCCCUGAAGAAGGGCAAGACCCCGCCAGUGGCUGUCACUUCCCCCAUCACUCACACCGCCCAGAGCGCCCUCAAAGUCGCAGGCAAACCUGAAGGCAAGGCCGCUGACAAGGGUAAACUUGCUGUGAAGAACACGGGGCUGCAGCGCUCCUCUUCGGACGCCGGCCGGGACCGCCUGAGCGACGCUAAGAAGCCUCCGUCCGGCAUCGCUCGCCCCUCCGCUUCGGGGUCUUUCGGCUACAAGAAGCCGCCGCCCACCACGGGCACAGCCACCGUCAUGCAGACGGGUGGUUCAGCCACUCUCAGCAAGAUCCAGAAGUCCUCAGGCAUCCCCGUCAAGCCCGUGAACGGACGCAAGACUAGCCUGGAUGUGUCCAACAGUGCGGAGCCCGGAUUCCUGGCUCCCGGUGCCCGUUCUAACAUCCAGUACCGAAGCCUGCCCCGGCCAGCCAAGUCGAGCUCUAUGAGCGUGACCGGCGGCCGGGGCGGACCUCGCCCUGUUAGCAGCAGUAUUGACCCCAGCCUCCUCAGCACGAAGCAGGGGGGCCUUACCCCCUCCCGACUAAAGGAACCUUCCAAGGUGGCCAGCGGGCGGCCCACUCCAGCCCCUGUCAAUCAGACGGAUCGGGAAAAGGAGAAAGCCAAAGCCAAGGCAGUGGCCUUGGACUCGGACAACAUCUCCCUGAAGAGCAUUGGCUCCCCAGAGAGUACUCCUAAGAACCAAGCCAGCCACCCCCCAGCCACCAAGUUGGCGGAGCUGCCACCAACCCCUCUCAGGGCCACAGCUAAGAGCUUUGUCAAGCCACCCUCACUAGCCAACCUAGACAAGGUCAACUCCAACAGUCUGGAUCUGCCAUCAUCGAGUGAUGCCCACGCUUCCAAGGUCCCAGAUCUGCAUCCCACAAGCUCAGCAAGCGGGAGCCCUCUUCCUUCUUGCUUCACCCCUAGUCCAGCACCCAUUCUCAACAUUAACUCAGCCAGCUUCUCCCAGGGCCUGGAGCUAAUGAGUGGUUUCAGUGUCCCCAAAGAGACCCGCAUGUACCCCAAACUCUCAGGCCUGCACAGGAGCAUGGAGUCCCUCCAGAUGCCAAUGAGCCUGCCCAGUGCCUUCCCCAGCAGUACUCCUGGCCCCACCCCACCUGCCCCCACCGCUGCACCCCCAGAGGAAGAGACAGAAGAGCUGGCCUGGAGCGGAAGCCCCAGAACUGGGCAAUUGGACAGUAAUCAGCGGGAUCGGAACACUCUUCCCAAGAAAGGGCUCAGGUACCAGCUUCAGUCCCAGGAGGAGACCAAGGAGAGGCGACACUCUCAUACCAUUGGUGGGCUGCCCGAAUCCGACGACCAGUCAGAGCUGCCUUCCCCCCCUGCACUCUCCAUGUCCUUGAGCGCAAAGGGCCAGCUUACCAACAUAGUUCAUGGCUCAGUGCUGUCCCUGGCCUCCAGUGCCUCCUCCACUUACUCCUCACAAAUCCGGAAGCUUCGUAGGGAACUGGAAUCAUCCCAGGAAAAAGUGGCCACCCUGACGUCUCAACUUUCUGCCAAUGCUAAUCUAGUGGCAGCUUUCGAGCAGAGCCUGGUGAAUAUGACAUCCCGCCUCCGGCACCUGGCAGAGACAGCAGAGGAGAAGGACACUGAGCUGCUGGAUUUACGAGAAACUAUAGACUUCCUGAAGAAAAAGAACUCGGAAGCACAGGCCGUCAUUCAGGGAGCCCUUAAUGCCUCAGAAACCACCCCCAAAGAACUCCGGAUCAAGAGACAGAACUCCUCGGACAGCAUCUCGAGCCUCAACAGCAUCACCAGCCAUUCCAGCAUUGGCAGCAGCAAGGAUGCUGAUGCAAAAAAGAAGAAAAAAAAGAGCUGGCUUCGAAGUUCCUUCAACAAAGCCUUCAGCAUAAAAAAGGGACCCAAGUCCGCUUCUUCAUACUCUGACAUUGAGGAGAUCGCCACACCGGACUCCUCCGCCCCUUCGUCCCCCAAACUACAGCGCGGCUCUGCAGAGGCCGCUUCGCCCUCCGUCAAGUCCUCCAGCCCCUCCUCUGUGGGCACAGAUGGCGCCGAGGGCCCUGCUCACCCGGCCCCCCACACCAGGCUGUUCCAUGGCAAUGAGGAGGAGGAACCAGAGAAGAAAGAGGUAUCGGAACUGCGCUCCGAGCUGUGGGAGAAAGAGAUGAAGCUCACAGACAUCCGCUUGGAAGCCCUCAACUCUGCCCACCAACUGGACCAACUUCGGGAGACGAUGCACAACAUGCAGUUGGAGGUGGACCUGCUGAAAGCCGAGAACGACCGGCUGAAGGUCGCCCCAGGCCCCUCAUCGGGCUCCACUCCAGGGCAGGUCCCCGGAUCUUCUGCGUUAGCCUCCCCUCGCCGCUCCCUGGGCCUUGCCCUCACCCAUUCCUCCAGCCCAAGUCUCACUGACACAGACCUGUCACCCAUGGAUGCCAUCAGCACCUGUGGUCCAAAGGAGGAAGUGACCCUUCGGGUGGUGGUGCGGAUGCCCCCCCAGCACAUCAUCAAAGGGGACUUGAAACAGCAGGAAUUCUUCCUAGGAUGUAGCAAGGUCAGUGGAAAAGUGGACUGGAAGAUGCUGGAUGAAGCUGUUUUCCAAGUGUUCAAGGACUACAUUUCUAAGAUGGACCCAGCCUCCACCCUGGGACUGAGCACCGAGUCCAUCCAUGGCUAUAGCAUCAGCCACGUGAAGCGGCUGUUGGAUGCGGAGCCCCCAGAGAUGCCUCCCUGCCGCCGAGGUGUCAACAACAUAUCAGUCUCCCUCAAAGGUCUGAAGGAGAAGUGCGUCGACAGCCUGGUGUUCGAGACACUGGUCCCCAAGCCGAUGAUGCAGCACUACAUAAGCCUCCUGCUCAAGCACCGGCGCCUCGUCCUCUCGGGCCCCAGCGGCACGGGCAAGACCUACCUGACCAACCGGCUGGCUGAGUACUUGGUGGAGCGCUCCGGCCGCGAGGUCACCGAGGGCAUCGUCAGCACCUUCAACAUGCACCAGCAGUCUUGCAAGGAUCUGCAACUCUAUCUCUCCAACCUGGCCAACCAGAUAGACCGGGAAACAGGAAUUGGGGAUGUCCCACUGGUGAUCCUGCUGGAUGACCUGAGUGAAGCAGGCUCCAUCAGUGAGCUGGUCAAUGGGGCUCUCACCUGCAAGUACCACAAAUGUCCUUAUAUCAUAGGUACCACCAAUCAGCCUGUAAAAAUGACACCUAAUCAUGGCUUGCACUUGAGCUUCAGGAUGCUGACCUUCUCCAACAACGUGGAGCCAGCCAAUGGCUUCCUGGUUCGUUACCUGAGGAGGAAGCUGGUAGAGUCGGACAGUGACAUCAAUGCCAACAAGGAAGAGCUGCUUCGGGUGCUCGACUGGGUGCCCAAGCUGUGGUACCAUCUCCACACCUUCCUUGAGAAGCACAGCACCUCAGACUUCCUCAUCGGCCCUUGCUUCUUUCUGUCCUGUCCCAUUGGCAUUGAGGACUUCCGGACCUGGUUCAUUGACCUGUGGAAUAAUUCCAUCAUUCCCUACCUACAGGAAGGAGCGAAGGAUGGGAUCAAGGUCCAUGGACAGAAAGCCGCUUGGGAGGACCCAGUGGAGUGGGUCCGGGACACUCUUCCCUGGCCAUCAGCCCAACAAGACCAGUCGAAGCUAUACCACCUGCCCCCUCCCACUGUGGGCCCUCAUAGCAUUGCCUCACCUCCCGAGGAUAGGACAGUCAAAGAUAGCACCCCAAGUUCUUUGGACUCAGACCCCCUGAUGGCCAUGCUGCUGAAACUUCAGGAAGCUGCCAAUUACAUUGAGUCUCCAGAUCGAGAAACCAUCCUGGACCCCAACCUCCAGGCCACGCUUUGAGGGUCCAGCAGUCACUGUCACCCCGGACAGCAGAAUGCUGGCAUCAGCGACGUUCUCUCCUCCUCUCCCCUCUCUUCUUCCAGAGGACUGGCUCUCCGGCCCAAGAGAACAGGAGGGGGAGGAGGAGGUGAAGGAAGAGGGCAGGUUCUUGGUGCUGCACCUUGAGAACUUCCUAGUAAGGACUGGUGGGGUGGAGUUUGGAAACUUGUGUCCCCUAGAUAUAUUUACUGGCCUCCUCUCAUGACUUUGGGGAAAAGAUGAUUCUGGGUCUUUUUCCUUGAUUUCGUGUCUCAAUUAUAAACUCCUAGGCUUUCUGGGGAGGGGUUCAGAAGACAUCAGAAAAACCGGCAGCAGUUCCUAACUGAUUCUCACGAACAGCUCUGGGAGAGACAGCCCUGUGUGGGGAAAUCUGAGGGAGGUGGAAGCUCCCCAGAAUUUCUCGCAGACCCUUCCGAGUUCCGUCACCACUGCCAAUAACUCUUCCCCCAGAGAUCUGGCUGGAGCCCAGAAAAAGAAGCAUGUGGUUUAAAAAAAUGUUUAAAUCAAUCUGUAAAAGAUAUUUUAAAAAAACACAAAAAAAGAA